AUGGCCCUGAGUAAAUUGGUUCAGGAUGAGAUCACUGAGUGCUUGACCCAUGCCGACCAAGCCGGGCAGGUGGUGCAGGCAAGUGCCAGGCUGAUGGCAGUCUUGGAAAAGCAUCAGCUGAGCACGCUUGUUCGCCUCAAACCAGAUGAGGUCGGCGUACACUCACAGAACAGAGAUGGUUUCGGGAUCUGUCCCAAAGAUGUUCACAGUCUCUUGAGCAGCAUUGCUGCUGUUGGCUUCGACGCCAGUCAGGCCACCCCAAUCUGUACAGAGAUUGGGCGCAGCAACGACAUCCUUCAGUUCAACGAAGGGCUGGUGACAUCUUCUGGUGGACUGCUCCCUGCAGUCAACCCCACCAAGCUGCGCUUCGCAUCUCUGAGUUGCAGCCACACAAAUGCGGCUUUGAGGUGCGCACUGCAUGAGGUCGUUUCUGAUGAGGAACUCGUCUCGCUGGACGGUCGGAUCAGCAUGUCCAAAAUUCAGUCCAUUGACAAGGCACUGUUUGAUGCCUGUCAUGCAGGCUUGGAAUGGACGGCGAUCCACCGAGAUGUGAUGGACUUUUCCCCAAAGAUCGCUCAGCUCAUACAGAGCGCCUGCAAUGUGUCCAGUCACAUUGCAAAAGGGGAAAGUGAAUGGCAGAUCCUUGCCAGGAUGAGGUCACUCAUGAAGACCAACCCUCAUGCUGAGUGGAACCAGAUCAAGAAGCAAGUGCUCCUCCAGACCAAACCGCAGUGCCAUGAGGCAACGCCGUACAUGUUUACCUUCUUGAAGAAUUUUUGCCACGAAGGUUUGAUGGAUGGCAUUGACAAGAGGAUCAAGGGGCACACCAGCACAAACAAGAGUCUGGGCAAGGACUUUUUUGUGCAGCUCAGCGCCCAGUCGAAAGACUGGAAGCAGCCUUUCUUGCACUUGCGCCACGCUCUGCUUUCGUUGGCCUACACUACCGACAAGCAUUUGCAUGCCUUGGAUGUCAAGAGACUCCUGGGAAAAGAGCUGGCCCAACGCAGUGCCAAAGCUCAAGACUUGAUGAUCAAGUUUCAAGGGCUGCUAGACAAAGAGAAUCUUGGAGAUUCCAAGUCCGCCAUUGUCAGUUUGUUUCAUCAGUUCGAAGAUCGCCUGAUUCUGGAGUGCUUGGACAAGAUGAAAGAUGAGACCCCCGAGUCUCUGGCUUGCUCAUUGGCGGAUGAGAUCGAGAAGCACUUGGAGAAGCGAAUCACGGCUGAGUUCGAUGGCCAGAACACUGCAAGCUCCAAGUUGCAGGUUAAUGCAAGACACCUUGCAGCUCUUGAAAAUGCCGCUCUGGAAGUAGAACAUGGAGACAGUUUGCUGCAGGAAAAGAGCAUCGCUGAUGAGAUGAUGGGACUGCAGUCCAGUGACAACACGGCUGGAAAUUUGAACUCUGGCACUGUCGACUUUUUGUCAGAUGCUUAUGGGGUUGGACAAAACCUUUCUGGACAAGAACUGACCUUUUGUGAUGAGUAUGUUCCUGAAUCGCAAUACAGCCCUUCUGAAAUUACACAACCCUCCAUUGGGUGUGACGUGCCUUCGACCAUUGAAGGUUACUCUGCUGCAAACGUUUUUGGUUUAGCUAGGAGUCAAUUACGACAUGAAGGCAUCAAACAUUUCUGGGAGACUGGAUUCUGGAAUGACUUCUUCGAUCCAAGCAAAGAUUUUCUCUGCAGCUUUGACAGCAAUUUCAAAAGGCCUGUUGAUCCAACGCAUGAGUUUGAUGCUGGAGAAGUUUCUGAACCUUUGACACGCAAGCAGAAGACCGUCAAGUUAGCUGCAACCUUCAUGGAUCAUGUACGUACAACUACAGUGAUGACCUGGAAGGAACAACGGGAGGCGGAAUGGCAAACUGCAAUUCACAGAUGGCAUGCAAUGCUUGGGGUGUGGACGAAGAGCGUACAGAUUGUUGAACAGAUCUUCAGUCGUACUGGAGUUGCGGCCUUAGAUGUCAGCCACAAAAUUCAGCAGGAGUUGUUGCAGGGAACUGGGGAGCAGAGUGGUGUGAGUGUCGUAGGCAGUGCUACAGACUCCGGUGUGGAGACGACGGUCAGGCCGAAGGUGUCUUUCCGUGACAUCACAGCACCUGAAGGGACUUCGGUCAGGGCUAGCGCUAUGGCACUGGUGGAUUCCGAAGCAGCCUUUGCAAGUCACUGCGACGCAAUUGACAAAAGCCGUGAACUUUACAAUCUAUGCCUGGGUGCAAACCUUACCAGUUUCAUGCGGUUGGCUUUUGCGAUUGGAACACCUCAGACACCAGCAUCUGAAGAAGCGUUCAAGGACUUUGCAACAGAGGUCAAUGGUGGCAAUGAACCUUCAGUUACUUUGAUGUCACUGUUACGGCGUUUGCGCUUUGAAGCGGUGACAAUGGUUGUGGCGCAUUUGAAAACAAAUGUUUCAGUCGAUGCAGGGGCCGAAGGAGGUCGUAAGUUACCACCUGUUGAGAAGGUGGCAAGACUGAACGAUCAGCAGGAGAGACUGAAAGGUUUGUCAAUCCGCGGGGAGCUCCAACCCUCCUACGCGCUCAUCGACUUGGUGGCAGGGAUCCAAGACAGCGGGUCCAUAGUUUGGAUACCGCCCAGCAAGUGCACGAAGAGAGAUGCAGAAGUUCAGCAGUCGCUGAAAGACAAACCUACAACGCUUACAGUUGAACAGCAGACCCUAAAGCUCUCAGCAGGAGAACCGAAGAUCAAAGCAGACACCUCGAAUGAGCUACUCAUGCAGUGGGCAUUGCAAAGAAGGGGGCUGGCCUUUGAUCAGUGCAAGCUCAUUUCAAAUGAAGUCCAUGACAAGUGGGUGCAGUCAUUACUGAUGCAACUUACACGUGAAGCUCCUAGUGGAUACUCCAAAGUACAAAUGGAGCAAGUGUUGCGUGCAGACCGAGAAUUAUUCACGCUGAUGGCCCAGGAGCACACUGGACCUUUUGUCAACGGACCCAAAGGUGAGCUUCCGCUGGACAUCCUCAUGGUACGACUUUCUCAUGUUUCACAGCAGGCAUCGAAGCAACCGAGUUUGGAUGCCAAAGAAGUAUCACCAACAUCGGUCCAAUAUGGACCACUUGUUUCAUUUGAUGAUGCGGGCCAACAGAAUGUCUUAGACAACCAUUCUGAUGUGAAAGUUCGAGAAGAACCGUACGCAUUUUCGGACAAGAAGCCACCCUCGGACGUCCAAGAUGCCGAGACAAAAACUUUUUGUGGUAGCAGUUUAGAUGAGGUGAUGGUGCUUGAAAUAUUUGCGGGCACUGCCAGAUUUACCCUAGCAAUACGAGACAUUGGCACGGCAGCUAUGGCUGCCGACAAAUACAGCACACGUGUGCAAUCAGUGCAUGUGGCAUGUUAUGACUUGAAUAAUCCUGAUCAACUUCAAGGCCUUUGUGAUUUCAUUUCGAAACACCAUCAUCAAGUUUUAUGGGCGCAUUUUGCGCCAUCAUGGAGCGCCGCCUCGCGGGCACGUGGAAGGCCACUACCAAAGUUGGCACAUAUGGGAAUCAAGGUGCCCCGAACACUUCGGAGUGACAAACAACGCCUAGGCCUGGAUGGCCUUGCUGGGACUGAUAAGAUUAAGGCCGAGACUGCAAACAUGACAUGUGACAGCACUUGCUUACUUGUCAGGCUGUGCCAUAGCUACACAAUUGCGGUGCCAAUAAAGAAUUCAAAAAAUUCUUUGUUUUGGAAAAUUACUGUGGUCAUGUUGCUUUUGGUGGAGCCUGGGAAUCACAUGAUCUACUUCGACAAUUGCUGCCGUGGUGGUGCGCGGGAAAAGGGAACAGCAUGGUGGAGCAGUUUUGAUUGGUUCGCGUGUUUGGCUGCCCGUUGUGAUGGGUCUCCUUUUCAUGAGAAGUGGAAUGCAAAAUUUGUUAGUGGCGAAGUUCUUUUGCCCACUCACUUGGAAGUAGCGUACCCUGUGUUACUGUGCGCGCGGUUGGCAGCGGUUGCAGAGAUCAAAGUGAUUGACAUGGGAGCAGUUGAAAUUAAAAACCUUGAGCAACAAACACAGCAUGCACCUUCGUCUCAACACAGAAUCUUGUUGGACAUGUCGCCCGGGGGCUGCGAAUUCAAGCUUUUUGCUUCUGAACUUGUCAUACAUCGACUUUUUCACCAGGGAGUUUUUCGGGUCGAUGAUGGCUGCGAGGAAAACCAACAUGAUACAUGCCGCGGUGAACACUCUGCACAGGCAGCGGCGAACACUCUACACUUUUUGUGGGAGUGGAGCAAACGUGCCAGAGAGUUGAACAAUGAGGAAAUGGAAUUCCGAACAAGACUUGCCCCUCACCUGCAGUAUCUCCUCGGAGGAAAACGCUUGUUGCUGUUAGAAGAAGUCCUAAAGGACUUGGGUUACCCAGACCACAGCCUUGUUGACGAGAUAGCCAGCGGCCUCACGUUGCAUGGUUGGAUAAGCAAGUCAAAUGUUUUUCCAAAGGAAACCAAAGAACCUGAGUAUACGGCUGACAUGGUUAGAAGUGCGGCCAAAGGUGUAAACCAGAUGGUUUUUGGGCAGGUAAAUGGUACUUCGGAUGACAAGCUGGUGCGUACAACAUGGGAAAGCGCUCUUGAGGAGAUUGAAAAACAGUGGGUGUGGUGUGAUGUCACCAGCGACGAUUGCGCCAUUGGUGGAUACAACAAGGCCUAUGGAACAAAUGAGGAGCUGCGUGUUCAUGCAAUUGAUCAAAUAGCUGCUUGUUUGAGCUGGCUAUGCACCGACCCUGGUGAUGACAAUGACGAUGACAUCGUCGGCAGAACGUAUGACUUAGUUCAGCACAGCUUGCGGAUACUUGGAGAGACUGCUUUGGAAAAACGGAAGGUGGUUGAGGUGGCAACUCAUGAGCUUACAGCCAUUGACUUUUUGGCCAGGGCAACCUUGUGCAAAGGUUACGGAGGCACCAAACUCGGGCGACGCAUAGUGCAACAUGUCAUGGAGGAUCUCAUCGAAGAUUCCAAUUCUGACAUGCAAAAGACUUUCAAGGUCCUACAAUUCCCUUUUGACGAAGACCGCAGCUACACGUUGCUUCAACUUCCGCUGUUGGUCGUUACCUAUAUCGUGCAUCGAUAUGACUGGAUGGAUUUUGGCAUAUUCAUCUUUUUGACCUCGGAAGAUCACGCUUCCGUCUCCACGGUCAAUUGGGUAGGAGCCAAUGUGCUUCGUGGCACCUGCCGGGCCACCAUCACGAGCAUGCAAGGCUCACUGGUGCAACUCAGCGUUGACGAAGGCGAUUUGUGCACCAGCUAUGAAAUUUCAAUCGAUUCAUUCCUCAAGGGUGAAUGGAAGGUCACCAAACAAAAAGCCGAUAUUCAAAAGUAUAGCUGGGACAACUUUCAUGUGUUCCGACCCUGCUCAAACGACACCGUCAACUUCAUGUGUGUCAAGGGGGAGGUCAGCCGCAGGCUGAUUGAACUUGAAAUUCAGCACGAGGCAUCAUACAAAGGCCUGGUCUUGCAGACAAAGCCUUACAAGACGGUUUUCACGGCCAAGCAGUAUGCCAAGGGCAAACUUAUCUUGGUUCCCAGCACUUCGAGAAUUGAAAGGAAGGCCUGUCCCGGUUCUUUGGCCUUGGGCACCAUCCGAGACAUCGGAUUAUACUUGUGGCCAUGCUAUGUACCUCCAAAGCGUGAUGGUGAUCUCGAUGGCUCGUUCCUGUGCCCAUUUUGGAUGGUCAAGCGAACCAACAAAGAGUCUGAGGCGAAUGUGGAAGUUCGCAAGGUGAUCGCAGAGGACCAGGAGAACAACAGCGUGAAGAUCCCUCUGAUGUACAACAUCUCUGCCUUGGAUGCAUCCGCUGAGCUCAAGUUGUUUGUUCCCAAGCCCCAGAAGGAGGAACCUGAAUCUCUGGUGCCAGUCGGGGCAGUCCCUCAGCCGAAGCGCCAGAGGACCAAGGCUCCAGCACCGUGA